UCUCGGUUAAUGUCGAAGACCGAGAGGUAAAUUCCUCUCGGUUCCUAUUGAAGGACGAGCGGUAAAUCCCGCUCGGUUAAUGUUGAAGGUCGAGCGGUAAAACGCUUUCAGUUCCGCCAACGCAGCCUCCCUCAAACUCAUCAGUCCUAUAGUUAACCACGGCUAAAGCCGACCGCUUAACUCGGACUUGGGGGGCAUGUAUAGUAUAAAAUAUUAACCGAGUGGUUACAAACAACCAACCAGAUAUUCAGGUAAUCUGUUUAUAUCUUAUUCUGUUUAUAUUUUAUUGGGCUUAUAUCAGCUUAGGAUCCAUGAGGUAAAUUAUAAAUACGAAGCCAGGGCCAAAGGCCAGGUACGUUUCACUUACGUUCCACUUACUCUACAUGACUCUCAAAUACUCAAUAGUGAGAACCAUUCACUAAAUAUUCAACCAAGAGCCGAGGCUCUUCAAAUCACACGCCUAACUUGAGCGUCGGAGUACCUUUUGCAGGUACAUCCACCCCCGUCCAAAAGGAGACCGAUCGGCUUGCGCCAACACCGAUCGGCCAGUAGCUGGAGUUUGGAGGCGAGCGAGCAGCCCCAACACAUCAACAGAGUGACUAGACAAGAUCUGCGUAUAAAAGAUGGCGUCGUAUCAGUUUCUCACUCAAUUUUCUUCAACGAAGGAGAUGGCGGCAGUGGAACAGCAUGAGAAGGAGAAGGAGAAACUGCAGAAGGGAAUCGCUGAGUUCUACGACGAGUCCUCCACCAUAUGGGAGAACAUUUGGGGCGACCACAUGCACCAUGGCUUCUACGACCCGGAUUCUACCGUUUCGGUUUCGGAUCAUCGUGCUGCUCAGAUCCGAAUGAUCGAAGAGUCGCUUCGUUUCGCCUCGCUUUCUGAGGAGGCUACCAAAUGGCCGAAGAGAAUAGUUGAUGUUGGAUGUGGCAUAGGGGGCAGUUCCAGAUACUUGGCCGAGAAAUUUGGGGCAACCAGCAUUGGCAUCACUCUCAGUCCUGUUCAAGCUCAAAGAGCUAAUGCUCUUGCUGCAGCUCAAGGAUUGGCUCACAAGGUUUCUUUCCAGGUUGCAGACGCUCUGCAGCAACCAUUCCCUGAUGGACAGUUUGAUCUGGUGUGGUCCAUGGAGAGUGGAGAGCAUAUGCCUGACAAAACUAAGUUUGUUGGAGAGUUGGCUCGGGUAGCAGCACCAGGUGGCACCAUAAUAAUAGUAACAUGGUGCCACAGGGAUCUUGGCCCUGACGAACAAUCCCUAAAACCAUGGGAGCAAGAUCUGUUGAAGAAGAUUUGUGAUGCAUUUUAUCUUCCAGCCUGGUGCUCAGCUGCUGAUUACAUCAAAUUGCUUAAAUCACUGUCACUUCAGGAUAUCAAGUCAGCAGAUUGGUCUCCCUUUGUUGCUCCAUUUUGGCCAGCAGUGAUACGUUCUGCGUUAACAUGGAAUGGCCUCACUUCACUUUUGCGCAGUGGAGUGAAAACCAUUAAAGGAGCUUUGGCUAUGCCAUUGAUGAUAAAAGGAUACAAGAAGGGUUUGAUUAAGUUUGUGAUCAUUACAUGUAGAAAGCCUGAAUAAAUAAGUUAAAUAUUAUAUUUAUUGUUUUGACAUAAUUUAUUUUAAUAGUUGAAAAAAAAAAUAAGAGAAACCUAUUGAGAGUGAAAGGGGUGAAAUGACAUCAAAGGGAAGAUAUAUGAAAAUUCGCAUUCAGCUUCCACUAAGGUACCAAUAAUGGUCCAAAUAAAAAAAAACACCAAUAGUACUUCAUAUUUUGCUUUAUCUCGAUUUGAUUUUAU